GGCGCGUUGUGAAGCGUGAAGGGAGUCCCCGGCUCUCCAGGGUCUGGUCUUCCCGACCCGCGAGCCUGAGCGGCGCCAUGGGCCGGAUCACAGAAGAUCUUAUUAGACGGAAUGCGGAGCACAAUGACUGUGUCAUUUUUUCCCUGGAGGAACUCUCUUUGCAUCAGCAAGAAAUAGAAAGGCUAGAACACAUUGACAAAUGGUGCCGAGAUCUAAAAAUUCUCUAUCUUCAGAAUAAUCUUAUUGGGAAAAUUGAAAAUGUUGGUAAACUCAAGAAGCUUGAAUAUUUGAAUUUGGCUUUAAACAAUAUUGAAAAAAUAGAAAAUUUGGAAGGCUGUGAAGUGCUAAAAAAACUUGACCUGACCGUGAAUUUCAUUGGGGAGCUGAGCAGCAUCCAAACCCUGAAACAGAACAUCCACCUGGAGGAGCUCUUUCUCAUGGGAAAUCCCUGCGCUAACUUCGAUGGCUACCGGGCAUUCGUGGUGGCAACUCUUCAACAACUAAAGUGGUUGGAUGGUAAAGAAAUAGAACGUUCAGAACGGAUUCAGGCACUGCAGAACUAUCCAAUGAUUGAACAGCAAAUCAGAGAACAGGAAAAAGCUUACUGCCUCAGACGAGCCAAAGAGAAAGAAGAGGCUGAGAAUAAAGUUCACAGCGAGUGUGGAAAUGUGGACAAGAGGAGUAAUCGAGGCUUUGAUGGACGAUGGGACCCUGACAUCAGUUCUUCUCUGCCAUCUUCUCUGGAGAGCAAAGGCCACUUCCCAUCACCAGAGUCACAGCAAGAGGAGUGCAACAAAAAGAAAUCAUAUGAUAAUGAAGAGGAUUUAGAAUUCUGGAGCAAACCAUGCUUGUUUACUCCUGAGUCUAGACUGGAAACUCUUAGACAUAUGGAAAAACAACGGGAAGAUCAAGAGAAAUUAAGUGGAAAAAAGAAGACAGUGAAACCACCCAGGGUGCUGAUCACUGAAGAUGGGAAGGUCUUGAACGUGAAUGAGCCCAAACUGGAUUUCUCUUUGAAAGAUGAUGAAAAACACCACACGAUCAUCCUGGAUCUUGCUGUCUACAGAUACAUGGAUACCUCUUUAAUUGAAAUUGAUGUACAGCCAACUUACGUGCGAGUGAUGGUCAAAGGAAAGCCAUUUCAGCUUGUCCUUCCUGCAGAAGUCAAACCCGAUAGCAGUUCUGCAAAGAGAUCUCAGACCACAGGGCAUCUAGUUGUCUACAUGCCCAAGGUAGAGGAAGUAAUCACAGGUGUUCGACCAACAUCCAAGUCUGUGAAAGCUACCUUAGACUGUAGCAAGGAGCAAGGAAACCAGAGGAGCAAGAACAUUGAGAAGCUGGAAGUAGAUCCGAGUAAGCAUUCCUUCCCUGAUGUGACCACCAUAGUUCAAGAGAAAAAGCAUCCACCCAGAAGACUGAAAUCCGAACCCCAAAUCCAGGAAGACCCAGGCUUUGAAGAUAACCCUGAAGUGCCUCCAUUGAUCUGAAAC